AGACUGCGCGAGAUCCCCCUCAUCUCACCAUCUUCUCCCUGACCGCUCUGGACGCCUGUUGCAUCUCCUACAGACAUGAAUCUCCUGGGUUUCACUGUGGCUCUGGGACUGCUGGCAGGGAUACGGGCUCAGAUUAAUGUGCUGCGGCCCCCGUGCGACUCCCCCGAGGCUGAGGACGCUGCGCUGGCGGCCCAGGAUUACCUCAAUGCCCAGCACAACCAUGGCUACAAGUACGCAUGGAACAGGAUCGAAGACAUCAAGAUCAACACCAUGCCUGAUGGAAACCACACGUUUGUCCUGGAGCUGGACUUGCUGGAGACAGACUGUCACGUGUUGGACCCUACACCUGUUGCCAACUGCACAGUCAGGCCCAAAAGACUGACGGCAGUCGAAGGAGAUUGUGAUGUGGUGUUGAAGAGAGUUAGCGGGGUCUUCACCGUCACAGCCUUCAAGUGUAAAACAGAGGAAUCCACAGAGGACUUGUGCCUUGGUUGCCCCACCCUCCUUCCCUUAAACCACACUGGAGGUCUGGAUUUUGUCCAGGCCUCUUUGACAGCGCUCAACAACCUGAAUGAAAAUGUAACCUACACCGUUCUGGAGGUUGGAAGGAUGUCUUCAACGGUUGUGUCAGGGGGAGCGAUGUACAGAGCUGAGUAUGUUGUAAUUGAGGCCAAUUGCAUCAACGAUACUUGUGUGCCCUUAAACGACUCCAUGGCCGCACGUGGAAUUUGCAUUGCUGAAGGUCAACAAAAUGCCACUGUGGACUGCAAGAUGUUUUCCACUCUGAUGCCCCUCAUGGAUGCCAACAGUACUGCAGCUGCAGAGCCUGCCUUCCCACCAGUUGUUGCCACUCACAAACACGGUGUGAGGCACCACAAACUUACUGCUUUCCAUAAUCCUCUUUUGAGCACGUUGUUGUCUGCAGAGUCAGUGGAAGUUGUGUCCGUAGUCUCCAACUUAACAGAUAUCGCUCCAGGUUCUUUGUCAGCUUCAGACGCCUCAGACAGUGCAGAGAUGCCCAUCACCCUGCAGAAGAGAGAUUUAUCUGCUGCGAUAGUAGAAGAGGUUGGUCAAGCAGGACCCAUGUCCCCCGUGCCAGUGUGCCCAGGAAGGGUCAGAUUUUUCUAGGUGCUGAAAUAUUUCAAAGACUCAAAACAUGAGAACUGCACUGGUGCUAGCGUAACCAACUUAUGUUGUGGUAGGUGGCUGUACACUCGACAAGUAAUCAUUUGAAAUUGAGAUCACGAGCAUUGCAAGACUUCUGUCUCUAGAAAAUGGAAGAUUUGCAUGUAAUGCCAUUGAAUAAAUCAUAAGUAAAAUCUG